AUGACAAACCCACAGGCUAUUUCGACUACUGGACCAGUAUCAGCGCCAGUAUCAGCACCUGCAGCAUUAACACCAGUACUAGCAACAGCGACAACGACCGAAUUAGCGCCGACAGCUGCAACGGAGACAGUAGCAGUUCCACCAGCGGCAACAAAGUCGAAAGGGGCAGAUCGACGGCUAGCUCGGACAAUGCUCUCAGGACCUCCAUCGAUCGACUACCUGGCGUUUCUGAAGCGACUUCAUGUGAACUACUACACUCAAGGAGACGACGAAUUUCAACCCAAUCUACUCAAGUACUGUCUCGGUCUCGGCCCAGAACAACGUGCCAACAGUCGACACGCGGCGCUCUUGGAGGAUAUGGCUUCCCGGGGGUUCAGCCGCAUUCGAGUCGUUCGACGAACCAAUGAUAUCUUGUCGAUGGACCUGACGUGGGCGCUUUGCAAUGAGCGUCUGGAGAAACUGCAGUGUCUGACCAUUUAUUUGGAGGAGAUAGAGCGAUAUCUUGCAGUGGUGGAUCGAUUGCUGGUGCUUAGUCGGGUUUGUUUUGAGCAAGGGACGGAGGAAGAGUUUACGGCCAGGUCGGAUGAGGAGAAGGAAGGGAUGUGGCAGCGGAUGGUGUUGUUUGUGGAGAGACAUACCAUUCUGUUUGGGACGCUUCGGGAGAUUGACUACCCGGCCUGUCCCCAGUCGAUACGAUGGUCGCUUUGGAGGGCUCUGCCGGUAGUGCUGGACCCAAGGGAGAUUGACGCCACCAACUGGUUCAGGUUUCACGCCCAGACGGAUCGGACCCGACUGGAUCAUGUCACGUCGAUACAUAUCCCGGCAGCAAGCUUUCACUUUCUGCAGGGUUAUUUGGAGACGAUGGAGCAGAGCGAACCGUAUUUGCAGCGCUGUCGUAGGUUGCAAGCGUACGAGAUGCCGUUCUUGGAUGCUAGUGUGGAUAGUUUUGAGUGGGCUGUCAAGGAGAAGCUGGAGGCGGGAUAUACACGGCAGGAUCCUCCUACACCGUCACUGCCGUCGAUGUCUUCUUUGUCGCUUUCGGAUUCGAAUCGCCCCAGUCACUGCUCUCGGGUCAUGGUCAAGCAUAUCAAAGUCCAGGCAAAUAUCGGAGUCUUGGACGACUGGCUGGAAGAUGUUGUGUUUGCGUUCAGCGAGAGCCUGGAGACCCUUUCAACCAGGGAUGACGUCUCUAACCCGCAGCUAGGAAGCACCCUCGUCACUCGGUGGAACUUGCCGCGCCUACGUCAACUGGAGAUGCAGAGGCGACGCAGGAGCUUGCGGUUCGACACGGGGAUGCUGGUGCAUAGUCCACUUUUGGAAGAGCUGGUUCUGAAGGAUCAUAUGAUUUACUUGAACGGCUUUGAGUGGGACGCUGUGGUGCUUCAGGAACCGUUGCGGUUGCCCAAGCUGCGGAUUCUUCGACUCAAAGGGAUUCCGGCAAUCACAUUCCAUCCGCACUCAUUUUUGACUAGCCGCAGCGCCGAUGGACAAGACGACAAAGGCGAUGGCGACGAGGACUUUCCUGGGAUGCCCAAUCUUCAUACUCUGAGUCUUAACGUCAACGGAUCAAUGGACUCCUUGCCAACCUAUGCUCUAACUCAGUCAGAAUUCCAAGCCCCUUCUUGGAUGACGGUGCCGCGAGAAAUGGGCGAGGGGGAGUGGACGGUACCGACGUCUUGGAGUCUGUUACGGGAUCGAUCGUUCUGGAACUGGACCUGGAAUCUGCCUCUACUCACUGUGUUGGAGCUCCGCGGGGAGUUUGGGCUGUACUUUGAUCUGGCGAUGUUGAAGCGGACACCAGCACUGGAGGUCCUGUGUCUGGAUAUUUGGUCACGUUUUCUUCCUCUCUCGGCACAAACGCGUACACUGGAUCUGUCGGAAUUGGCGGUGACACAGGAGCAGGGCGGCGAGGCUGCGGUCGCAGGAAACGACAAGCAACAGGAUUUGUUACUGUUGCCCCGACUCACCCACCUCCACUUGCAAGGACCCUGGGUGAUCAACGGACCAACACUCAAGACAUUAUUCACACGCGUCAUGCCGAACCUGGUCUGCAUCUCCGAGUGUGGCUGCAAAGGAUUCAAUCUUCGCGAGUGGAUGGAGGCGACUGUCGAACUGGAGCAUCUUCUGAGCUCGAGUAUGGUCACCAUGACACCCCAGGAUGUUCCCCUGCAGGUGAUUGAGGACUAUGAGCUGAAGGCGGCGGAGAGGUCGAGUGUGGUGACGCUGGUGAAUCUGCUCUUGAAGAUUAAUGAAGCCAUGGAGUUGUCGACCUUGGCGAACUGGUGGCCUGGAGAGAGGAGACAGCGGGAGUUGAAGGUGGCUGGGGUUGUGGAAUAUGUCUUUGCGGGGAGUUUGCAUACGCGACCUAGGCGUGUUCUCAACAGUCGCAGCGCGUCGAUGGUGGGCUAA